GGAGGAGUGGGAAAGAGACAAAUACAGCUUCCCAUCCGCCGACUGCUACGCCGGGCUCUUGGCUGGAAAAGUCUCCAGGUCAGCGGCUGGGGAGUUGCUCCAGGCACCCCUUUCCUAGCCUGCAGCUCAGGUGGCCCCAUGGAAACGGCUGCAGCUGCUGAGGGCAGACACCAGCCUAGAAACAUCUAAGCAGCCAGAGUUGAACCCAGAGGUCCGUGAAGAAAAGGAAGCUCUGGAGGAAAGGGCUCCGGGAACCUUACUUCUUGGGGUUCCCUCAAGUCCUCGUGGAGGUGGAGGCCUGUCACUUGGUAGCAAGUGCAAAACUGGCAGUGAUGGCUUCCCCAGAACUGAAGGGUCUUGUCCCCUUCAGCAGAAAGUCACUGGAACUUAUAAAGCAGCACAUUGCUAAGAAGCACAGUGAGGAAAAUGAAGAGGAUGACUUAAAACCAAAUCCUGACCUGAACGUUGGCAAAAAGCUCCCCCUCCUUUAUGGAAACCUUUCUGGAGAGAUGGUGUCGGAGCCCUUAGAAGAUGUGGACCCAUACUACUACAACAAAAAAACUUUCAUGGUAUUGAAUAAAAACAGAACCAUCUUCAGAUUCAAUGCUGCUUCCAUCUUUUGCACUUUAUCUCCUUUCAGUACUAUCAGAGGAACAACCAUCAAAGUAUUGAUACAUCCUCUUUUCCAACUGUUAAUCUUAAUCAGUGUCCUCACUGACUGCAUACUCAUGACCAUGAUAAAUGGGCCAGAAUGGGAACCAGCAGUAGAACAUACUUUGCUUGGAAUUUAUACAUUUGAAAUACUUGUAAAAGUCAUUGCAAGAGGUAUUGGGGCAGGACCUUUUUCUUUCCUUGGAGAUCCAUGGAACUGGCUUGAUUUCAGUGUGACUUUAUUUGAAAUUGUAACAAGGUUCUCAUCUCUAAACUUAACUCACAUGCUUGAAAGUGUAAGAACUUUGAGAAUUCUGAAAAUUAUUCCUUUAAACCAAGGUCUAAAGUCAUUGGUAGGGAUCCUGAUCCAUUGCCUAAAGAAACUUUCUGGUGCCAUUAUCCUAACGCUAUUUUUUCUGAGCAUAUUUUCUCUCAUUGGUAUGGGACUGUUUAUGGGCAACCUGAAGCACAAAUGUUUGUGGUGGCCCCAGGAAAACAAAAAUGAAACCCUAUACAACAGAACUGGAAACCCACAUUACAUUCCAGAAACAGAAAGCUUUUAUUAUUUGGAAGGAGAAGAAGAUGCUCUACUUUGUGGAAACAGAACCGAUGCAAGUCAGUGUCCUGAAGGGUAUGUGUGUGUAAAAGCUGGCAAAAACCCUGAUCGUGGCUCCUCAAAUUUUGACAAUUUUGGGUGGGCCUUCCUUGCCCUGUUUCGAUUAAUGGCUCAGGAUUAUCCUGAAGCACUUUAUCACCAGAUUCUUUAUGCAUCUGGGAAGAUCUACAUGCUAUUUUUUGUUGUUGUCACUUUUUGGUUUGCUUUUUAUAUGGCAAGUCUGUUUAUAGGCAUACUUUCUAUGGCCUAUGAAGAAGAAAAAAAGGCAGCUUCUGAAAAAACUGAGACUAAAGCAACAUUUCAACAGACUAUAAAAGCACUUCAAGAAGGAAAUGGAGCAGCUGAGAACAAAAGCACACAAAUAGAAAUGAAGAAAAGAUCACCAGCUUUUUUGAGCACUUCUGUGGACAUGUUGGAAGAGUCUACUUCUGGACAUAAUGAAGAACUUAAAAAAUCUAGGAAGAAAUGCCCAUUGUGUUGGUAUAAGAUUGCAAAAACUUUCUUGAUCUGGGAUUGUUCUCCCUGUUGGCAAAAACUGAAAAACUUUGUCCAUAGGAUUAUAAUGGACCCAUUUACCGAUCUUUUCCUUAUCAUAUGUAUAAUUUUAAACAUACUUUUUUUGGCCUUGGAGCAUUACCCAAUGAGCGAAGACACCUGGUCUCUUCUCUUCUUUGGAAACAUGGUUUUUAUUGGAAUUUUUACAGCAGAAAUGAUUCUUAAAAUAAUUGCCAUGCAUCCAUAUCAAUAUUUCCAAGUAGGAUGGAACAUUUUUGACAGCAUAAUUGUGUUAUUUGGCUUGGCAGAAUUUUAUCUAGCAAAUAUUGCAGGACUGGGUGAUUUUCGACAACUAAGAAUAUUACGAAUUUUCAAGUUGGGGAAAUAUUGGCCAACAUUUAGGAAGUUGAUGCUGACUCUUAGUAACUCAUUAAUGGCCUUGAGAGACAUUAUCCUGCUGCUCUUCACAUUCGUCUUCUUUUCUGCUGUGUUUGGCAUGAGGCUGUUUGGUGAGAGUUACAAAGAAUGUGUCUGUCGCAUAGACAAGGAUUGUCGGCUUCCACGCUGGCACAUGCAUGACUUCUUCCAUUCCUACCUGAUUGUGUUCCGAAUUCUUUGUGGGGAAUGGAUAGAGACUUUGUGGGACUGCAUGGAAGUGGCAGGUCCAUCAUCAUGCAUUUGUUUUUACAUGAUGGUCAUUUUGAUUGGAAACUUGUUGAUCCUUUACCUGUUUCUGGGAUUUGUGAGUGCAUUUAAUUCCUAUAGAGAUGCAACACCUGAAGAGGACAGUGAAGCAAAAAAUAUUCAACUUGCAAUGGCUAGAAUUAAGAAAGGACUAAACUAUGUUCUUCUUAAAAUAUUGUGCAAAAAGCAAAAUGUUCCAAAGAAAACAGUGGACCAUGUAAAUGAUACAUAUGUCAAAGAGAAUACUUCGGAUCAUACACUUUCUGAACUGAGCAAUACUCAAUAUUUCCCCAAAGAAAAGGAAAAAAGUAGCAACACAGAGAAGAACACAACGACUGAAAAUGAGAGCCAGUCACUUAUCCCUAGUCCCAGUGUCUCUGAGAGUGUACCAAUUGCUUCAGGAGAAUCUGAUAUAGAAUAUGCAGAUAACAAGGAAAUUCAGAGCAGGUCAGGCCAUGAAGACAGCAAAGGGAAAAUAAAGCAAUCUAGCUCAUCUGAAUGCAGUACAGUUGAUAUUGCUACCUCUGAAGAAGAAAUGGUCAAUGAACAUGAAAGGUUAAAGCAUCUAAUAACUGAUCGUAGGAGAUCUUCACCUAGUCAAAUAAGUAAAGAAUAUAAAAAAAAGAAAAUUUGGCAGAAUAUAAGGAAAACUUGCUGCAAAAUAGUGGAGAACAGUUGGUUUAAGUGUUUCAUUGGCCUUGUCACUCUGCUCAGCACCGGAGCUCUGGCUUUUGAAGAUAUAUAUAUUGACCAACGAAAGACUAUUAAAAUCUUAUUAGAAUAUGCUGACAUGAUCUUCACUUACAUCUUCAUUCUGGAAAUGCUUCUGAAGUGGAUGGCAUAUGGCUUUAAAGCUUAUUUCUGUAAUGCCUGGCACAGGCUGGACUUCAUCGUUGUUAUUGUGUUUUGUCUUAGCCUAAUAGGUAAAACUAGAGAAGAUCUAAAGCCACUCACUUCUAUUAAAUUCCUUCGGGCAAUCAGAGUUCUGUCUCAAUUUGAAAGAAUGAAGGUGGUUGUGAGAACUUUGAUAAAAACAACUCUACCCACUUUGAAUGUGUUUCUGGUCUGCUUUAUGAUUUGGCUGACUUUUAGUAUCAUGGGAGUCCACUUAUUUGCUGGCAAGUUCUAUGCCUGCACUGACCAACCAAAUGGAGAAAAGCUUCCAGUGUCUGAAGUAUUGAAUAGAAGUCAGUGUGAAAGCCAUCUCUAUAAUGAAUCCUUGUCAUGGGAGAAUGCACAAUUGAACUUCGACAAUGUUGGAAAUGGUUUGCUUUCUUUGCUUCAAGUAGCAACAUUUAAUGGAUGGAUCGAUAUUGUAUACUCAGCCAUUGAUUCUUUGGAUGUAGACAUGCAGCCUAGUUUUGAAAGCAACCUCUAUAUGUAUUGUUAUUUUAUCGCCUUUGUUAUCCUUGGAUUAUUUCUCCCUUUGAGUAUGUUGAUUGGUGUUAUUAUUACGAAUUUCAACAAGCAUAAAAUAAAGCAGGGAGGCUCCAACAUGUUCAUAACUGCUAAGCAAAAGAAACAAUAUCGUUGGCUGAAGAGACUGAUGUAUGACGACUCUCCAAAACCAAUACCUCGUCCAGGAAAUAAGUUGCAAGGCUUCAUUUUUGACUUGGUAACAAGCCGAGUUUUUAAUGUCAUCAUCAUGGUUCUUAUCUGUCUCCAAGCAAUAAUCAUAAUGAUGGAAAGUGAUGAGCAGAGUCCUCAAAUGUAUGCUGUAAUAUUCUGGAUUAACUCAACCUUUGUUAUCCUGUACACUGCAGAAUGUGUCUUGAAGCUCAUCUCCUUCCAUUGUUACUAUUUCACCAGUAUAUGGAACAUUUUGGAUUUUAUGGUGGUUGUUUUCUCCAUUACAGGACUAUUUCUGCCUUUGACAGUGGGAUACUACUUGGUGCCACCUUCCCUUGUGCAGCUGGUACUUCUCUCUCGCAUCAUCCACAUCCUGCGUCGUGGGAAAGGACCAAAGGUGUUCCAUGAUCUGAUGCUUCCUCUGUUGCUGUCUCUCCCAGCCCUGAUGAACAUCAGUCUUCUCAUCUUCCUGGUCAUGUUCAUCUACGCCAUUUUUGGAAUGUACAACUUUGCCUAUGUUAAAAAAGAAGCUGGGAUUAAUGACGUGUCCAACUUUGAGACCUUUUGCAGUAGUAUGAUUUGCCUUUUCCAAGUUACAAUAUUUGCAGGUUGGGAUGGGUUGCUUAAUGCAGUUUUCAACAGUAAAUGGUCUGACUGUGAUCCUGAUAAAAUUAACCCUGGGACUCAGGUUAGAGGAGAUUGUGGUAACCCUUCUGUGGGGAUUUUCUAUUUUGUCAGCUACAUUUUCAUAAUAUGGCUGAUUAUUGUUAAUAUGUACAUUGCUGUAAUCAUGGAAUUUUUAAGUAUUGUUUCUAAGAAAAAAACUAGGAGCUUGAGUGAAUACGAUUUUAGGAAAUUCUUUCAGGUGUGGGAGAGGUUUGAUCCUGACAGGACCCAGUACAUAGACUCCUGCAAACUUUCUGAUUUUGCAGCUGCUCUUGAUCCUCCUCUUUUCAUGGCAAAACCUAAUAAGGGACAGCUUGUAGCAAUGGACCUUCCCAUGGCUGUUGGAGAUAGGAUUCAUUGCCUUGAUGUCUUACUUGCUUUUACAAAAAGAGUUGUGGGAAAAGAUGCAGGGACAGAGAAAACCCUUUCAGAGAUAGAAUCAGCAUUUGCAUUAGCCAACCCUAUUAAAAUCACGUAUGAACCAAUCACAACUACUUUGAAGCGAAAACAAGAGACAGUUUCGGCGACCAUCAUUCAACGUGCUUAUAAAAAUUACCGCUCAAGGCAAAAUGACAAAAAUACAGCAGAUAUUUCUAUACUGGACAGUGGCCAGGAGCUCCAGGAUACUAAAAAAGGUGUCUGUCUUGGCAAAGUUAAGGAAAAGUCAGCUAUUCAAAGUCAAAUCUAAUCCCACUUAUCACCUUUUUAUUUUCUUCAUGGACCCCAGAGUUUUAAAAACUUAAGUUACCAAACAAUGGUAUGAUCAGUUGCUUACAACCAAUGAAAAUUAAGACUGUAUUCAAAUGUCUCCAUGCCAUACUCACUGUUUUAACCUUAUGUGCUCUACCUGCCCAAUCUAUUAGCGAAGACAAUGCAUCGAUUUUGCUGCAGUUAGUUACAGUAGGUUGAAUUUCCCAUUUGACAAUCUAAUACUGGUUAUACUAUCUAGCUUAUUUGAUACAAGCCUAUUCUGAAAGAUAAAAGGGUAGUAAAGAUUAUCAGUAACAUAGGCUUCUUCAUACAUUUUAUGUCAAAUGUAGUCAUUUCCAAGUCAGCACUAUAAAGCUCAAGUUGCAAAUGAGUAUUUUCUUAAUGUGAGAUGGAGUUUGAGGAACAGUGAAAGGCUAUUAUUGGUCACUGAAUCAGGAACUUGUCUAAAGAAGUGUCAGCUGGUGCUCACUUUGGCAGCACAUAUACAAAAAAUUGGAAUGAUACAGAGAUUAGCAUGGCCCUGUGCAAGGAUGACAUGCAAAUUCAUCAAGCAUUCCAUAUUAUAUACAUACAUACAUACAUACAUAUCAGCUAGGGGGAGAGAGCGCAGCUUUUUAGAAAGUGCCUUUGAGAUUAAUCACAGAAACUUUUAGGCUCCCUAACACCUGUUUGAAAAAGAUUGAAGCCCUGCUUUUUUAAAAUUCCUGUCCUGUUUUUCUUUCUUUCUGUUGGUCUGUGUCUUUUUCUCUGCCUCCCCUUCCUUCUCUCCUUCCUUUCUUUUCUUUGUUUCUUUCCUCCCUUCUCCUGGUGUCUCUCCUUUCCUCAUCCUCUCUCAUCUCUCUCUUUGACUCUUCUUUCCUCUCUUCCCCUUUUUCUUCCUGCUCCUGCUCCUCUUUCUUCUAUUUCGUUUUCCUGGUGGGAGAAAUUAGUGUUUGACUGUCCAAUGGGCUCCUAGGUUCUCAUCAGUUUGGCUAUUUGCUCCAAAUCUACAACAUGAUGGAUUUAAAUUUAUACAAUAAGAAGCAUAAAUGCUUACAGUGAUAGCCUACACUUUCCUAAUUUCUUCUCAUUUACAGUCUUUAAAAAUGCACACUUUACUAAAGUUACAUAAUAGAUGAUAUAUUAGUAGACUUAACUUUUCCCUUAUUAUAAAGCUGAUGUAUUUUUACCAUUUAUUUAUAACAUUGACUAUAUAAACUCUGAAAAGUGCAUGUUAUCAUGAAUUAGCAGAAUUGACAGCUACCAGUAUGUCUAAGGAUUUUGCCAGUAUCUUGAUCUUUCAUAGGACGCUGUACUUUAUGCAUCUUAUAACUCAUAGACUAUAAAGGUUAGAAAAUAAAUGUGUAACUUCUUGUUUUAGAACAUCAGCAUAUGCUAACUAGCUUUUACGUAUUCAUUUAUCUUUCUUGACUUUUUGAUUAUAUCUCAUCACAUAUAAGUACUAUGUAAAAUGUUUUAUAUUUGACAAACUUUAAAACCCUAAACCCUUAGUUUUCACCAUUCAAAUUAUUUUUUUAAGUUACACACAAAGAGUUGGGGUUUUUUUGAUUUAUUGACAAAAGUAUUAUCUCUUAUACCCAUGUAAUUUGAGAAUCUAAUGUUUACUCUAUUUGUAUGAAAACUGAUUUCAAUGUGCCUACAAAGUCCUGAGGAAUAAAAAAUUAAACAUAUACUGUUUACUUAAAUGAUAAACUUUAAAUAUAUUGUGUGACACUCAAUAUUGCUUACAUAUCAGUAAUUGUAUUUUAUUAUGAAUGCAUGAUCUUGAGCCUUAAGUAUUACAAUCUAUUUUUGAACCUCAGAAAUACAAUAAUCUUACCAAGAUGCCUUGGGGAUUCCCCUAAAUAAAUAUAAUUUCAGAGUUCUGUUUUCUCCCUAUAAAUGUUUCUCUCUUUAUCUUCUUGCCUCUUUCAUGCAAUGAAGACAGAAAAAUUCAGCAUUAACUUAGUGAUGUGAUGGCAGCUGGUGCUUUACCUGAACUUCCCAGUUUUGUAUUUCUUGUGAGUGAUUUAGUGUGGAAAUUGCUUCAGAUGUUUGAACUAAAUCAUAACAUGCUCCUAUAAAUUCUGUGAAGACCAAAAAAUGAUUUUAGUUUGAAAACUAGUCUUACUUGUAAAAGGUAUCUGCCAAGUACAUUUCCAAAAACUGUAUAAAAUUUAUUUUUAACAAAAUAAUAAAAUAUAUUCUACUUUUAGAUACUAUGGAAAAUAAUAAAUACAGUAUGUUAACCGCA